AUGCUAUCAACUUACCGGCCCCGCACCUUGACGCCUCAAGGCUGGGACGCCUUCAGUAAUGUACAACAAAAUGAGCCCACAAUCAUCCCGACAAAACGUCCGUCAACGGAAAAAGAUUUUGAAUGCCACCCAGCGUCCGAGGGCUUGACCAACACUCUGGUCACCUCCGAGCCACAGAUCAAGGUACAUCGUUACGGCCAUGCAGCCUACCUUGGCCAUAGUUCGACAUUAAGCUUCAGCCGAAACGUCCGCAAUCUCCUUCAGCGAUCAUCAUCCAUCGCGGACCCCGAUAGUAUAUCUCUGGAACGUGAAGAUACAUCCUACACAACACCUUUGCCACCUAUUGCUCUUGAUCUAGCAAGCACUCCUCUCCCUCGGCUAUCUUAUGCCGAGUACUUGACCAACACUGUGUUCAUACACGCUGGCUCCUUAUACUCCUUAUUUGACCCUGCAGUGUUUUUGGAACGGUUGAGAGAAUUUUAUGAUGAGCGUACCAGAGGUGUUGCUCCUAAUGCGAGACUUUGGCAUGUCCAGAUGCUUCUCAUCCUGGGCUUCGGCGAGUCAAUACUCGCCCGGGAGCACUCAGAGUCAGGACCGUCUGGAAUGGCCUACUUUACCCGAGCUAUUGAGGCUAUGUCAGAUAUUCGCAGGCUUUAUGAGGACCCGCUAUUAUCAAUCGAGAUCCUCUGUCUGGCGACUCUUUUCAUGCAUGCAACUGAUUUGCUGCAGGAAUCGUAUGUUACUAUCGGAAAGGCUUUGCGAAUUGCUGUUACUAAGAUCAUGAAUGUAUCCGUUCCUGAUGCACUCCAACCAACGAAUGUCGAGUAUCAGAGAAGGCUUUGGUGGACAGUUUACUGCAUUGAUAGGAAAAGCGCAGCUAUGCUGGGCAGCACUUUGCUUAUGCGAGACGAGGAUAUUUCUGUUCCGUUCCCGGAGAUAAAGGAGGGAGAUGAAUGUCAGAAUACAUUUGCCAUCCAUGUCACUCUCUCGUCCCACCUCGGCAAGAUCCUCGAUGAUCUCUUCCUGCCAUAUGACCUUGACGCAUUAUUCUCUGCUGCCUUUGCACUCGUCUUGAUUGAUAUUAUUAGACCAGCAAAUGAGCUCCUCUGGGAUCUACCUCAAGUCAUGCAUUUGCUCGAUGAGUUUGUAUCACGGCAUAUCGCCCCGGCUCAGGCUUAUCGAUCCGAUCUGCUGCAAAUUCUUGAGCUGCACACGAAGCUACGCAGUGUUGAUGGGGCUUUGCAAGAACGGGCAAAUGACAAUAUCGAACUUGGGUCCACGUCAGAGCUGACUGGAUUUGCGAUUACUGACCCUGCCCCAGCAAAUGCGCUAUCAGAUCCAGUGUGGUCACGCGUGCGGCAUGGGGAUGAUGGUUCUGCGCCGACGCACUUGGAGACAAUCAGGUCGGUUAUAGAUAACCUCGAUAUGGAAGGAACGAACAUGCUUGGUGCUGCAAUGCUCGAUGGGGAUUGGGUGUGGGAGCUGGACAAUCUGUGGGGUGUUUUCUGA